UCCCUUUAUAAUCAUUAAAUAGCUCUCAGUCAUCUCAUUUCAUUGUGAUCUCACAAAGUUCAGCAAUAAUAUAAAGUUUUGCACAAUUGUUAUAAAUUAACUUAUAAUGAGAUGAUUUGAAAGAAUGCAGAACUCAGCGCUGGACAAAAACUUAAAACUUGCAUUUUGAAACCCGAUUUCAAAAGUUUGCAUUUUCAGGCCAUUGUCAUGGCAUGAAAAGUGCAAAAUGCAUGAAAAGGUUUCCGCUUUUAGUUGAAAAUGGUGUCGUGUAAACGGCCCCUUAAACACAUCUAAUUGGCCAUUGCAUUCAAGAAAUGAACAGAUAUGUUUGACUUGGCUACAUUGCUCAAUGCUUAAAAACACAUUUUAAAUAGAAGCCUUUGACACUCUAAAGUGCACAAACACCAAAUCUCUUUCGCCAAUAUGCUAUAGUAUGGAGAAACCUGAUCCUAGACCAGCAGUUAUGGUCACCUUUUUCCUCUAAAAGCAACCAGAAGCAGCUGCAGUCAGUAGUUUGGGCCUGGUCCCGGACCCCUUCACGGGCCUGGUCCUCCAUCCCUCCCCCCAAGAUUGCCUCCACUCCACCCCCAUCCUGAUAUUUAUGGGUUUUGGGUUUUGUUUGGGUGUCUGGAGCCCUCCAAUAGAGGAGGAAUAUGUCACAGAUGGGUUUUGUUUCAUGUUUCAUGUCUUAUUUUGAAGUGUAGUCAUGAUUCAUGUACCUGUUUGCGAUGUACUUCCCUUGUUUGCGUCACGUUCCCUUCUCUCUCUCUCUCUCUCUCUCUCUCUCUCUCUCUCUCUGAUUUUAUUGGCGGGUCGCAACCAACUUGUUCAGGUGCAUGUGCUCCAUGGGUGAGAUCUAAAUUAAGUGCAUUUUACUUAAGUAAAAUUAUCAAUAUCUGCCAGUAAAAAUAAUCAGUAAAAAUGCAAAUUAAAAAAUAAUCUUAAUGCAAAUGGUGUGUAUGUAUGCAAAUUAUUUUAUAUCUCAAAAUCAGUUACUAAUUGUUUCAGAAUGUUUAGAGAACAUUCAAAAGUUACGUUCCCAUCAUUUUUGCAAAACUAUUAAAUGGAAUGUUCAUUACUUUAAAUUUAGACUAUCUUAACUGCAUUUAGUCAGAUGUUGCAGUGUUAUGAGGGGAAAAGGAAGUGCAGCAGUUACUACAAACACAUAAACAGCUCAAGAUACAGGAAGAGAAACUUACACAAUGGCCGCAUACGCUAAAGUAUUCUACAUUUCAAUCAGGUUUUGGCUCAUUUUAGGUGUUGAAUGCUUCAUUGGUGGAUUUCAUCAUUUUUUAACUAUCAAGUCUGGAGGAUCUGUCACCAUCCCAUGUCAUUAUGAUAAGAAAAACCCUCCGCAGAAGAAAUACUGGUACUCAAAAAAUGAUCAAUCUAAAAUAUACACAAACACAUCAGAGGAGAAUCUGUCAGUAAUUGAUCAUCCUGAUCAGAGUCUCUUUACUGUAACUAUGAGAAACCUGCACUAUAAAGACACUGGAGAUUAUUCUUGUGUUGUGGAGACUGAAGGACUGUCGACUAUUGCAUACGAUCUUCAUCUUAUGGUUCAGUCUGCUCCUGAUGUGUCUGUGGUGAGCAGCAGUGUAUCUGGACAUGAAGGUGGUAAUGUCAGUGUCCAGUGUUUCUACAUUUCUGGAUAUCAGAAUGAGCCCAAACAGUGGUGCAGAUAUAAAGAUGAGAGAUGUUACACAGUGGGGAGGACUGACACAUCCCAGAAUUCAUCAGUCCAGAUCAGUGAUGAUGUUGGGAGAAGAUCCUUCACUGUGCUGAUGACUGGACUGAGACUCAGUGAUUCUGGAUGGUUCUUCUGCUCUGCUGGAGAGGUGAUGAACCCUGUUCAACUCACUGUAAUUAAAGACAAAAGAAGAAAUAAAGAGCUUCUGACUGUGUGGCUUCCAGUUUCAGCUGCACUUCUGCUGCUGUUGAUUCUGGUCGGUGUUUUUUUCACCUGGAGAUGGAAACAGAGAUCCAAGCAAGAUAAACACCAAAUCAUAGAGAAAAAUGACAGCAGGACCAUUGACCCAAUCUACUGUGAACCUGAAGAUCCUGUGAUGUCCAACACUAUAAAUGAUGAACGCUCAAAUAAGCCUCCAGCAGGGGCACUAAUGUACAGCUUGGUGGGUCCACACUAACAGCAGUGAGAAGAACACAGGAACAGACACUUCUGACUGGACUGAGUGAUUCUGGACGGUUCUGCUGGAGAGACUCUGAACCCUGUUCAACUCACGGUCACAUUAGUAUUACAGUUUUUCAAAUUGUACAAUAACUAAAGGCACAUGGGUUGUUGAUCAAAACAGAUGAGUUGAUUCUCAGUGAAAUUGUCAAACUCUUCAAAACUUCUAAGCAUUCUUUCAUCUUGUAAGCAAUCACGCGCAAAAUGGACUAUUCAGUUAUCAAAUACUGUUAGACAUUCAUUUAUAUUUCAUAUCACUACAUUUAUUUUGGCAGAAGUGUGUUCAAAUUCACACUUGAAUGCCAUGCAAGAGCAAUAGGUAGAAUGUGUUAGAGGAAGACAUAGAGAUGAACAAGUAAAAAUGAACAAGACACUGUGAAUUUUCAGUCUACAUAUAACAAAUGUUAAUUUUCUUUUUGUUUCACAGUAUUGAUGUCUGAAGCUGUUUUUAAGCCUUUUUUUUUUUCAUUUCUUUUCUUUUGCAUGUAGAGGUCAUUUAGGUAAUUUUGUCUGUUGUUUUGGCCAGACCCUCUCCUGCGGUCUGUCCUCGCUUAAUACAUCUGAGAUGAUUUGACAGAUGACAGAUCUUCUAAUCGCAACUGAUCUCAUUGAUCUAAUUUGGUUCUUCAAAUGAAUUUGUGGGUUUGAUUAAAAUACCUGGAUUAAGUUGUCUGAGA